AUGCAGAAAGCCACAAAGAAAACUGACAAACCCCGGCCAGAGGAGAAGGAUAACCUAGAUGUAACAGAGCUCAGCAAUGAAGAUCUUCAAGAGCAGCUUACAAAAUAUGGGAUAAAUCCUGGCCCAAUUGUAGCUACUACCAGGAAACUUUAUGAGAAGAAGCUUUUGAAGCUGAUGGAGCAUGGUCCAGAGCUGAAGUCUGCUGUGCCUCCCCCCACAGUCACCUCAUCUGCCGAGAACACCAGGCAGAAUGGAAAUAACGAUUCCGACCAGUACAGCGACAAUGAGGAAGAUCCAAAGACCGAGCUGAGGCUUGAGAAGAGAGAACCACUAAAAGCCAAGACAAAAGCUCCAGUAGGGCUCAAACAGAGAAGAGUUGUUGAGCACAACCAGACCUAUUCUCAAGAUGGAAUUACUGAGACUCUCUGGACAAGUGGAUCUUCCAAAAGUGGACCUCUGCAGGCAUUUUCUAGGGAGUCUACAAGAGUGUCAAGAAGAACACCAAGGAAAAGGGUGGACGCUGUAGCACAGUUGCCAGUAGAUGAUGCUGUAAUGUCAGAGAGUACUCCCAUAGCUGAAACUAUACUGACGGCAAGCAACGAGAGCCUAGUUGUCAAUAGGGUGUCCGGAAAUUUCAAGCAUGCAGCUCCUACACUAUCAAUCAGUGAGUUCUCAGACAUGCCCAGAAGAACACCAAAGAAACCACUGAUGACAGCUGAAGUGCUGGAGAGAACUCAUACAGAAGAAAGACAAGUAGAAAGGGAUAUUCUUAAGGAGAUGUUCCCUUAUGAAGUAUCAACACCUACAGGAAUCAGUGCUAGCUGCCGUAGACCCAUCAAAGGAGCUGCUAGCCGGCCUCUAGAGCCCAGUGACUUCAGAAUGGAGGAAAGUUUCUCUUCCAAGUAUGUUCCAAAAUAUGGUACCGCAACAGACAUGAAGGCGGAGAAGCCACCAGUAAAAGAACGCUCUAUUCCCCGGUGGAUAAAAAUUCUUCUCUUUGUUGUUGUUUCACUUUUCUUGUUUUCAGUCUAUCAAUCUAUGGAAACAAAUCAAGGAAAUCCUUUCUCUAGAUAUCUGAAUCUUUCCUCUGGGGAAGGUGACAAAUGAGUAUCUUUCAGAAAGGCUCGCCCUGUUUGGUCUCCUGUUUCUAAUUGUAGAGAACUCUCCUGCCCUCUCAUCGGCCCAAGGACUAUCUUCAGAUAAUGUGAUUGGAACCUAGUAAAUUGGAUAAAUGAAGCAAGAUAAUAUGAAUGGACAUCAAUAACUGGACUUUGGACUAGUUGGAGAUCACAUUGCCAUAGGAGUAACAUUUUUUUAGAUCUCGAACUUUUUGUAGGCUUUAUUUUUUUAAUGUGGACAUCCUUAAAAAUUCAUUUUUGAGAAAUUGUAUAUUUGUUUUUGCAAAAAGUUUGAAGCUGAGAAGGGCAAAAUUGUAGUAAAAUGUGAAGCUGUGUCUUUAAGCUUUUUCUUUGUACAGAAAGGAGGUUGUACUUCUGUCUCUGGAUUAUAGUGGAGGAGGAUUUUAACACAGGUAAUAAAGGGAAAUACAUUUUUGCAGUAACAGUAUAACUGCAUUUGAUCUCUUUUAGCAUGUAGGGAGAGUACAGUGAUAACCUUUUUCUGUAGAUUACUGUAAUUUUUUAGUAAAUGGAACUAAGCUUGUUUGCAUUUCUGUAAAAGUCUUAGCAUCAUAUUAGUAACUCUGUUUAAGCGUAACAUUUUUUAAAUGUAUCACUUCAUUUUAGUACUUAAUAGUGUAGGAGCUGAAAACAUUAAUUGGCAACAUGUCUUAGAGGAACUUAUUUAUUAGCAAUACGUGUGGAAAAUAAAAUUUGCAUCAAAUAUAAUUUGCUACUAAAAUACUUUUGAUGUCAGGGUGGUUGUCUGAAGUAAUUCUAAAUUCUGAAUUUAGCAGCUUUUGUUUAAAAGCAAGGUCUUUCCAUCACAGCUUUGUAUGACUAUCUGUGAAUAUUCAUGUAGAGAGGUAUUUCUCAAAGCGUGAAAAUUCCAUAUGAAGUCUUAUCCUUAUAUGAAGAGGGCAUUGCUGCAUUAUCUGCUACCGUUUCAUCUUUUAAGGUGAGAUUUACUACUUUCAUGCAGUUGAAUAUUUGUCUCAGUGGAAGCAUGCUGAAAUACUCUACAUUGUGUAAUUAGUUGUAAGCAGCUGACUUCACUAGUACCAAUGAAGAGUGGUAAGCAACAACUUAACGUGAAUGUAUACAUUUUGAUGUACUUAAAUCUGUAGCAUACAGAUAACUGGUCUCAUUGCUUAGUACAAAAUUGCAAUAAUCCUCUUUUUACUCUUAAAGUGCUACUUAUGAAAAGCUGAGGACUUUAGUUAAACGUAGUCUAUACCUUGUCGCUAUAGGCACAACAUUAAUGCUUAGACUGUAGCCAUGGGGAAAAGCUUUUCUUUCUGUGAGCUUUGGGAUAGACAUGGUAACUGGUAGCAAAGCAAUAGU